AUGUAUCGCGUCAUCGCCACCGCCUCGGCUCUUAUUGCAGCCGCUCGGGCUCAACAGGUCUGCACCUUGACCACCGAGACCAAGCCUGCCUUGACUUGGUCCAAAUGUACCUCCAGCGGCUGCAGCGAUGUCAAGGGAUCCGUCGGCAUUGACGCCAACUGGCGAUGGACUCAUCAGACAUCCGGUUCUACCAAUUGUUACACCGGUAACAAGUGGGACACUUCCGUCUGUACUUCCGGCGACACAUGCGCCCAGAAGUGCUGUCUUGAUGGCGCCGACUACGCCGGCACCUAUGGUAUCACAUCCAGCGGUAACCAGCUCAGCCUCGGUUUCGUUACCAAGGGAUCUUUCAGCACCAACAUUGGUAGCCGUACUUAUCUCAUGGAGAAUGAGAACACCUACCAGAUGUUCCAGCUCCUCGGCAACGAAUUCACUUUCGAUGUUGAUGUCUCAAACAUCGGCUGCGGUCUGAACGGUGCCCUCUACUUCGUCAGCAUGGACGCAGAUGGUGGCAAGGCUCGCUACCCUGCGAACAAGGCUGGUGCCAAGUACGGAACUGGUUACUGUGAUGCCCAGUGCCCCCGUGAUGUCAAGUUCAUCAACGGAAAGGCCAACUCUGAUGGCUGGAAGCCCUCAGACAGCGAUAUCAACGCUGGUAUUGGUAACUUGGGUACAUGCUGCCCUGAGAUGGAUAUCUGGGAGGCCAACUCCAUCUCCACCGCUUUCACUCCUCACCCUUGCACCAAGCUCACCCAGCACUCUUGCACUGGCGACUCUUGUGGUGGUACAUACUCCAACGACCGCUACGGCGGAACUUGCGAUGCUGAUGGUUGCGAUUUCAACUCCUACCGCCAGGGCAACAAGACCUUCUACGGACGAGGAUCUGACUUCAACGUCGACACCACCAAGAAGGUUACUGUCGUCACCCAGUUCAAGAAGGGCAGCAACGGCCGUCUCUCUGAGAUCACUCGCCUGUACGUCCAGAACGGCAAGGUCAUCGCCAACUCCGAGUCCAAGAUUCCCGGAAACUCCGGCAGCUCUCUUACCGCUGACUUCUGCUCCAAGCAGAAGAGCGUCUUUGGCGACAUCGACGACUUCUCCAAGAAGGGUGGCUGGAGCGGCAUGAGCGAUGCUCUUGAAGCCCCCAUGGUUCUCGUUAUGUCUCUCUGGCACGACCACCACUCCAACAUGCUCUGGCUCGACUCUACUUACCCCACCGAUUCCACCAAGCUUGGUGCUCAGCGAGGCUCUUGUGCUACCACCUCUGGCGUUCCCUCCGACCUCGAGCGAGACGUCCCCAACUCCAAGGUUUCCUUCUCCAACAUCAAGUUCGGUCCCAUCGGCAGCACCUACAGUUCCGGCACCACCAAUCCACCUCCUUCCAGCACUGACACUUCCACCCCUACCAACCCCCCUACUGGUGGCACCGUUGGACAGUACGGUCAGUGUGGUGGCCAGACCUACACCGGUCCCAAGGACUGCAAGUCCCCCUACACUUGCAAGAAGAUCAACGACUUCUACUCUCAGUGCCUGUAA